AUGUUAUAUUUUAUAGAAUUUUUUUGUUUUACUACAUUAUAUAUAAUUAAUGAUUUAAUAUCUAUAUCUACAAGUAAUGACGUAAUGUUUGGAAGAUAUGCAUACCAACAAGUAGUAUUCUGUACAUAUUUAUUUUGUUUAUUUUACUUUAUUAUAUGUUUUAUAUUUUGUUUUAUAUUUUUUGUAAUACGAUGUUUGUUUGUAAUUAUAUACGAUUUUUUAUACCAAAAUUUUGAUAUUGCAGUAUCAUAUGUGAUGUGUGAUAUAAUAUAUUUAGAUUUUAUGUGUUUAUUAUUAGUAUUUUUUGGAUAUUUAUAUAAUAUCACACAAGGUUUUUUUUGUUUUAUAUUUAUAUGUGGUAUAAUAUUUAUAAUAUUAUAUUAUGUAAUAAGCAUAUUCUUUAGUAAUUUUUUUAUGUCCACAGGACGUUAUUUAAAUAUUAUGUAUAUAUUAUAUUGA